AUGGUUGUUAUAGGUUACUCUCAAAGCAAUGCCGAUCACACUCUAUUUAUCAAGAGAUUUGGUGAGAAGAUUGCUAUCAUAAUAGUCUACGUAGAUGAUACUAUUAUUACUGGCGAUGAUCUGAAAGAAAUUUCUCACCUCGAGAGAUACUUGAGUGAGGAAUUUGAGAUCAAAGACCUAGAACAACUUCGUUACUUCCUCGGCAUUGAAGUUGCCAAGUCUUCUCAUGAAAUUUACUUGUCUCACCAGAAGUAUGUGAUUGAACUUCUUUCUGAGAUAGACAUAUUGGGGUGUAAGUCGAUAGACACUCUUAUUGAAGCUAAUGGUCACCUGAGUAGCAAGGAAGGUGAUCCGAUAGAUAAGGGGAGAUGUCAGAGAUUAGUGAGGUUGUUGAUCUAUCUCUCUCAUACACGCUUUGACAUAGCAUUUUUCAUCAGCUUGGUUAGUCAAUACAUGCAUGAUCCCUACUCGAUUCACAUGAAAGUUGUGUUGCAUAUUCUCCGAUACUUAAAAUUUACCCCAGGAUGUGGCAUCAUUUUUUCUUCUCAUGAUCGCCUUAGGGUGGAGGCUUUCACAGAUGCGGAUUGGGUAGGUUCCCCUGAUGAUCGUAGGUCUACUACUAGUUAUUGUACCUUUGUUGGUGAUAACAUUGUUACAUGGUAUAGCAAGAAGCAAGCCGUGGUUGCCCAUUCAAGUGUUAAAGCAAAGUUUCGUGCUAUGGAUGCAAGGAGAUGA